ACUCGUAACAUCAGGGAAGUAAAUUGUUGUACAUGGGUUCGUGGUUUCAUGAAAGCCUCUUAAAGGAAUUAACCGUACGGCAGUGAUGUCCUGGUUGGGUUACACAGGCUAGUACUAGCGUUAAGUUGGUUAACCGAGUGUUAAUGUGUAAUUAGAGGCGUGGAUAUAACGUUACGAAGAGAAGGGAGAAGCAUUACGACAUCAAACCGAGCUUCCUGAAGUCAAGCUAGGUAAACCUAAACCAGCCGCAGAGGACGCCGAAGCUGGAAAACAAGGAGUUCGGUAAAGGGUUAACCAACACCCCUACGUAGUAAGACAUUUUAAUAAAACAAUUCGGAUUAACUUUUUGGUAAAGCUUAACGGACUCUCCGCGAUGUCUCUGGCCGACCAGAGCCAGCAGUGGUUCCCGACGAGUGUCCAGGUAACGGUGCAUCAGGCUCGGAGUCUGCGUGUGAAGGGCAAGAAUGGCACCAACGACGCCUACGCCAUCAUCCAGGUGGCCAAAGACAAGUUUUCCACCUCUGUGGCUGAGAAAAGUAUCGCCCCGGUGUGGAAAGAAGAGGCUUCGUUUGACCUGCCGCUCUUCCACCCGGGCAACGCUGAACGCUGCACUCUCUAUAUCAUUGUAAUGCACCGAGCUCAAGUGGGGCUCGACAAGUUCUUGGGUCAGGCUGUGGUGAACUUACUGGAUCUUCAUGACAACAAGUCUCACAAAAAGACAGAUUGGUUCAAGCUGGUGGACAAGACUGGGAAAGAGGACAAGGCGCGAGGAGAGGUGCUGCUAGAUAUCCAAUUUAUGAGAAACAACAUGUCAGCUAGCAUGUUUGACCUUUCUAUGCAGGACAAACCUCGCUCCCGCAUCUCCAAGCUGAAAGACAAAGUCCGUGGGAAGAAAAAGGAUGGCUUCUCUGAUUCGGCCUCAGCUAUUGUUCCCUCUGUCAGCCAGGUCCUCACGGACAGUGACGCUGAGGCAGAUUCACAGUCACUCAAUCAGUCUCCAGGAGUGAAAAAGAAAUCUAAGCUCAAAACGCUCUUUGCUCCCAAAUCAAACUUGCAGCGUAACAUCUCGCAGUCCAUGUCUACACUGGGCACUCUUCCCGAGAAGAAUUCAUCUCUCAGUGGCAGCCGCUCAUCUGGCCUCAAUGUAGACUCCCCUGAAGUUAAAAAGAAAUUCAAAUUCUUGGGACACAAGCGAACAGGCAGCUCUGACAGCAAGGUGUCUCAGGGUCCUUUCUCCCUACUGGGUCGCUCCAAACAGAGCGCCAGUGACCUGAACAACCUGUGCAUCAACGGCAGCCAUGUAUACACAGAGGAGGAGUCCAAGAGUGGAUCUACUCUCAGUCUGAACAGCUCAGGCCAAGGAUCUGUGGAGGAUGUCCGCAAACACACCUCUGAUGCAGAUUCCUUUAUCACUGUACCUGUCCCUUCCCUACAGAUAGAGUCUCCAGAUAGGGCAAUACUAGAGCAACAGCGCCAUCAAGAGGAGGAGGCGAGAAGACAGGCAGAAGCAAGGCGCAUAGCAGAGGCCAAGAGGCUGGAGGGAGAGGAGAAAUACAAGGCAGAGGCCAAGAGACUGCAGCAGGAAGAGGAGCGCAGAUACCAAGAGGAACAGGAGAGGAAGAAACGCUUCCUUGAGGAUGAAACAAGGAGGAAGAAACAGAGGGAGGAGGAGGAAGAGAGAAGAAAGCAAGAGGAAGAACGCAGGAUGCUGGAAGCAGCAGAAACCCAGAGGCUUGAGGAGGAGCGUCGCAGAGUAGAGGAACAGAAACGACAGGAGGAGGCGUCCAUGAGCGACAGGCUGUCUUCUCUGUUUGGAAUGAUCAGAAAGAAGGAGGACAAAAAGGAGGAGGUACAGGAACCUACUAAAGAGGAGCCCCCAACACAAGCACCCCCCUCAAGAGAUCCUGAUCAACCGAUCUCCCACCACUCCACCAACCCGUUUGAGGACAUCCCCCUCAGCUCAGAUCCUCCUGUUAGCACUAAUGAAAGCCCAGCUGAUCAUCAAAAAUCCAGCCGCAACCCACAAACACCCUCUGCCAUGGUCUUCCUCAACCGCACCGCUAAAGUGUCUGCAGUCAAACCCAGAUGGGCUCAAUCUCUGGAGUCUGAACCCGCUGACUCCCAAACCCCCAGUCAGCUGUGUCCUUCCCCAGCCACCUCUGAGUCCACUCUCUCUAGUGUCCCAUCUGCGUCCCCUGAUACUUUCUACAACCUCCACUCAUCCCUGGCUCCACCAAACAUAAGUCAAAGCCCGUCUGGUUCCCCUCGUGGCAGCGUAGAGAAUUUGUCCUCUGUGGGAUCUUCACCCACCAUGGCGGAUAAGAAGAAAAGAGCCCCAUUGCCACCCUCGCAAUCAGUUUAUGGGACCCAAACUGGAGGCAAUCACGUUCCUGUCAGAGAGAUCAAUAACCCUGCAUACGUAGAGGUAGAUGGGUUGCAGCAAGACAAAAAAUUGUCUCUACCACUCCCUGAUUAUGAAACCCUAUUUCCUCAGAAAAGACACGGAGUGCAAGGGCAAACUCGUUGGGACCACAUAAUCGCUGAGGUCAAUCAGAGACAAAUGGUUAGUCCACCUGAAUUUCUGGGUCCAGAGAUGAGUGUGGACGGCCCAGAGGAGCCUGACCCCAGUCUUAAAUCGUCACUCCGUCAGGAGAGUCCUGCUACGAGGCAUUAUCAAAAACAGAUUCAGGAGACUAAACCUGUGUCAUCAAAAAGAGUAGCUGCCCCAGCUCCCCCUAAAUCAGUCACAACUCCACACCCUCGAUCAGUUGCAGAUUCCAGUCAAAGACAGAGCCAGAAUAAUGCCCAUCAAUCUCUUGUGAGUCCUAAUCAGUCUGCAGUCCCAGGACCUGUGAACACUGAUGCUUCAAACAGAGAAAGUCUCUCAGUGAGGUCUAGGGAUGGAGCAAGGAAGGCAUUGCAACCACCUGCACCCAGACCAACUAGCCAGAUUGAUCAAGGAAAAAUGCAAGUCACUGUGAACAACGAGGCACCCACAGCCAAACCCAGACAGAGGGUUAGUGGCAAAGAGCCCUUACAGCAAGAAGGCUCUGCAGGGACACCAGCAGUCUCUCUGAACAGUAACAUCCAGACAUUAUCUAAUUCAAGUAUGAGCAGCAUGGACAAAAAAGGUGUGCAGACAACAGAGGACUUUGCAGAGUUUGACCCAUUCCCCAAUACUGAGCUUGUUUCUAAAGACCCUUGGGCACAGCCAAAGCAGAACCAAGAAGUAGAUUACCUUUUUACCGGCAAUGUACAAGAAGAGCAGAAACUUGAAGAUCUGGGAAUGACAGCAGAUGAUCUCGAUAACAUUUUUCGUCCAGAGAAACCAAUCGACCCCUUUGCAAGUUUUAAUGGCAGUGAUUCAAACAAACACAAUGACAAGGAACAGGGAAACAGGGAAAAAGAUGAAAAUUCAAAGCAAGUCGGUCCUGCUUUCCAAAGAAGGAAUUCACAGAGACGAACACUUAUUCCUCCGUCCUCAGCUCACCCAGAUAAUAAGACUGUCAAGUCUCAACAAGAACCCGCAUAUAAACAAGAAAAAAACAUAACCACAGCUAAUCAAGGCUUCUCCGCAAGAGAUGCCACAAAUGAGUAUAUUACUCCGAAGUUUCAAGCUGAAGUGAAAACUCCAAGCAAUUUGUAUAGAAGAGAGGAUCCAUUUGGAGCUGAACCUUUUACUGUAACCUCUGCCUCAACCUCCUCAGAUCCCCUCCAGGUUGUUAUGGAGGAACCCGAAUCUCAGGCAGUAGGUUUGUCGGGUGGAAAGGCACCUUUGAGGGCAUGGGUCUCACCCUCUGACAUUCAGCCUGUCAGUGCUCAGAAUAGCAAUGGAGGUGGGCUAGCCUUAACACGCAGGCCUCAUCCUGUGAAGCCCAUGAGCUCAGUUGAGAACCAGCAUCCCAUAAGCACCCCUGCUGUGAAAGAGAUUAAGGUCCGGGACAGCACACCAGGGAAGAUUCAGGUUGCAGACUCGGGGGAAAGUGGACCCUACACCCAGCUGACGCAGGAAGAGUUGAUCACACUGGUGGUAAAGCAGCAAACCGACCUGUCCAGGAAGGACGCGAAAAUCGUCGAGCUGGAGGAGUACAUAGACAACCUGCUGGUCCGCGUCAUAGACGAGAAACCCACUAUCCUGCAAUCUCUUAACGCUAAGCCAGUGUGAGGUAAUGUCUGCUGGAGGACCCAGUUCUGUUUGUUGUGUAUGUGUUUGUACUGGUGUCACUGGGUACUGAGAAGACAUGAUCUCUAUGAAGGUCUACUACCAUAUGCACUUUUUAGUUUCAGAGUCAAGUUUGUUUGAGAAUGCUGGAAAAUUGUCUCUGAAGUAAUAACAUUUGGUGAUUACCUAAUAACAAGCAAGUAAUACAAUCUUUAUAUAGGCAAAUGAAUGUAUUUGUUUUGACACUAAGGUACUGGAAUUUGCUUUAAAAAACUUGUUAUAUUACAACAUAUUAUUCAACAUCUUGAUUUAUAUACCAUACUUGAUGAAACUUGGGUUGAGCUUUAUUUAAUAUACUAAUAAUGCAGAGUUUUUUAAACUAUUAUCUGGCCUUUAUACUCUUUACACUGGGUUUUGUGUAACUUGUUGCUGUGUGAUGAAUGAUCAUAUACAUAACCUUAUACAACCAUUCCAAAAUAAUGCAUGGUCUUGAUGAGGUAAGAAUGUAGUAUUUCUCUCGUAUGACUAUAUUUGCAAUACAUUGUUUAAUUCACUGCAUUUCUGCAGGUCGAAACUAUGAAUUAUGGCCUCAUGAGUUGAGUCAAGAUUAAUAUUGUUUAUAUAACAAGUGCACAUUGACUUUUCACUCCACCACUGCAGUCUUUUAUUAUCUUUGUUGAUCCUUAUGGCGGGCAUGUAUUUUUUUAAAUCGGAUAAUUAACAACAUUCCUCCCAUGUUUUACUCACCACAGUCGAAUGUCAGCUGGUCAUCCAGUCCUUAUAAAGCUAUUGUGCCUAUUUUUGCUUCAAAGAGGUGUUAUUUAGAAAACCAGCAAUAAAUAAAAGCAAGCAGCUACUAUGUACUGUAUAUAGUGUGUGAACCACACAGUUAUAAGUGUUUUUCUUUCAUGUGGUUGUAAUUUAGCCUGUGCACAUAGUUUGAAAUAUUAUGCAAGUAAGAGUACAGACUCAAACUGUGUUUGUGUUGUAUUUAUAAAAUGAAAAACAAGAGAUAAUCAAAAAGUAAUAAUCAAUAAUAACCAACCAGCCUUGUCUUUGUAUUUGAACUACACUAAUGAAUUAACCCUGCAUCAACGCCAUUAUAUGACAAUAUUAUGUUAUGUCUUGGCAGAAAUUAUAGCAAUAUUAUUCUUUCAUGUACAGACCUGUGCCUUCAAAACCUUUUUCAUGACUUUUCUGUCUUAUUUUCUGGAUGGACAGUUGUUGGCUACCUCUUCUUCUUUUUCUGAAGUGAGAGCUUAAAGAAUGUGCAGCCUGAUGUAUCGAGUGUUUGUCUGACACGAUGAUAAUACUACAGUUGAUGUAAGAUUUCCGAAAGAAGUGAUGCUGAGCAAAAUGUGGUUUUAUUUUAAAUAAAGACACUAAUUAUUUCACCA